UAUAUAGAAGGCCAUAACAAACAUUCACAUAAACUUGAAUACUCCAAUUAACUUCAAGAUGAUGCAAGAUCUAUGGACUCAAUUGGGUCCUACCAUUGCAGCCAUCAUGUUCACCUGGACCAUGUACCAGAACUACUUCCCUCACGAACUUCGCGGUCAUAUUAGGAGGUAUACCGAUAAACUCGUGAACUAUUUCUAUCCUUAUAUGCACAUUAUCUUUUAUGAACUUGAAACUGAAGGGUGGUUUGAGCGGAGCAAAGCUUACGUAUCGAUUGAAAGGUACCUAAGCAAGAGCUCGAGCACACAAGCUAAGCGUCUCAAAGCCAAUUCGGUGAAGGAUGGUCAAUCGCUUGUCCUAACCAUGGAUGAUCAUGAGGAGAUAACGGAUGAAUAUAAAGGCGAGAAGGUUUGGUGGAUUUCGAGCAAAAAACCAGCGAGCAGGCAGACAAUAUCUUUGUAUAAGGAGGAUGAGAAGAGAUAUUUCAAGCUAAAAUUUCACAAAAAGAAUCGCGACCUUGUCACAAAUUCAUACUUGAAGUAUGUGUUGGAUGAAGGAAAGGCGAUAUCUGUGAAAGAACGACAGAGAAAGCUGUACACGAACAAUAAGGGAGAUGGAGGUGGUUAUAGAUACAGGGGAGGGAGGAUGUGGAGUGGAGUAGUAUUCGAGCAUCCGUCAACAUUUGAUACUCUAGCUAUGGAUCCAAACAAGAAGCAAGAGAUCAUAGAUGAUCUCGAAACAUUUAGCAAGUCAAAAGACUAUUACGCAAAGAUUGGUAAGGCGUGGAAGCGUGGUUAUCUUCUUUAUGGUCCUCCAGGAACCGGUAAAUCUAGCAUGAUUGCUGCUAUGGCUAAUUACUUGAAGUAUGACGUCUAUGAUCUUGAGCUGACAUCGGUUAAGGACAAUACCGAGCUAAGAAAACUCCUGAUAGAUACAACAGGUAAAUCUAUUAUUGUGAUUGAAGACAUAGAUUGUUCCCUUGACCUAACAGGUCAACGAGAGACGAAUAAGAAGAAGAAAGAAGAGGAAGAUAAAGGAAAAACUGAGGAAGAUGCCGUCAAGGAGAAGAUGAAAAAAGGCGGAGAGACGAAAGAAAAGCAAAGUGAGGUAACUUUAUCAGGACUAUUGAACUUCAUUGAUGGUCUAUGGUCAGCUAUUGGCGGUGAAAGGCUAAUCGUCUUCACUACAAACUACGUGGAGAAGCUUGAUCCUGCUCUAAUCCGGAGGGGGAGAAUGGAUAAACAUAUUGUCCUAUCAUACUGUUGCUUUGAGUCAUUCAAAGUUCUUGCACAUAACUAUCUUGACGUCGUUGAAUCUCAUGUUCACUUUCCUCAGAUUCGUCGUUUAUUAGAGGAAACUAAUAUGACUCCUGCUGAUAUUGCUGAGAAUUUGAUGCCUAAGUCUUCAAAGGAAAAUGCAGAUAUUUGUUUAGAGAGAUUGAUUAAAGCUCUCGAAACUGCAAAAGAGGAAGCGAAACUUAAGGCUGAGGAAGAAGAGAGAGCAAAGGCGGCUGAGAAGGAGAAAGAAGAGAAAGAUCGCGAGGAAAAGAAAGAAGUAACAGCUACUGAAGAAGCUAAGAGUGUUGACAGUGUAAACGAAAAAGAUAAUGGUGUUAAGGAAAAUGGUAAUGUUAGCAAAAGUUGAUGAAUACACAUAUAAGAAAGUAUGUUUGGAGGUGUUUUAGCUUUCUGUUUUCUACAAUUAGCUGAACUUGUAAUAAGUUGUUGGUGAAGGUUAAUAAGAAAACUUUUUUUAAUCAUGAAA